GAAUGACUCCAUCCCUCAAGAUUCUCAUCCUCGGCGGCGCAGGGGCUCAGAAUAGCUUUGUCGCUCGUGACCUUGCGCGAGGAGGGCACUCCGUCAGCAUUCUUACUCGCGAUCCCUCUUCCGAACAGGCAAAGUCUCUUGCUGAAUUGCAAAAUAUCAAGGUCUUGGAAGGUGACACAUAUGAUGAGAAGGCCCUCAUCCAAGGCUUCAAGGGCAUCGACGCUGUCUUUGUGAACACCAACGGUUUUGCUAUUGGUGAAAAGAGCGAAAUAUACUGGGGAAUCCGGAUUUACGAGCUGGCUUACAUAUCAAGGGUUAAGCAUUUCAUAUACAGCUCUCUGCCUUAUGUUUCCAAGAAGGGCGGGUAUGACCCGAAGUACCGCGUUCCGUUUGUGGAUGGAAAAGCCAAGGUUGUGGAGUACCUAAAAUCGCAGCCGACAGAUAAGAUGAACUGGAGCAUUCUUGAGAGUGGUCCGUACGCGGAUUUCUUCCUCUUCAAAGAGCUCCCGGUUCGAAAUGCCGAAGGUGUCUAUGUCUUCACCAUAGCCAUUGGCGAGCAGGGAUCAAUGGCACUGGUUUCACUCGAUGAUCUGGCUUGGUUUGCAAGACAUAUGUUCGAGAACCCUGAGAAAUUCCGCGGCGACGAGCUGAGCGUUGGGAUCGAACAUGCAUCUGGUCAGAGGAUUGCCGACGCUUUCACAGCCGUCACGGGCAAACCAGCAAGUUUCGUGGCCAAGACUAGAGAGCAUAACCAGCAAGAGCUGCCCGAAUUCAAGCUCGGAACAGCUCACUCUCCUGGAUUUGAAGACCCGACGCUGGUUACCAUGAGAGAAAUGUUUGUACCAUGGUGGGGGAUCUGGGAAGAAAGCAUCGGCAACACGGGGCUAUGGACAAGAGAUUAUGCUCGGCUGGACGCUAUUAAGCCGGACCGUAUCCGAACGGUCGAGGAGUGGAUGAGAGCUGUUGGAUACAAUGAAAACCUGCAGCCACGAGAUAUUCUCAAGACUGGGUUGACAUCUGGC